GAUAUGGUGGUAUCAGAAACUUUGAGAAUGUACCCGCCAUUGGGGUUCCUAAAUCGCAUAGCUAUGAAAAAGUAUAAAGUGCCGGAGUACGAUCUUGUAAUUGAGGAGGAUAUACCGGUUUACAUCUCAAUACUUGGCCUACACUAUGAUUCGGAAUAUUUCCCCAAUCCCGAUAUAUUCGAUCCAGAGCGAUUUAAGAAAAGGAACAAACGUGAGAGACCGUCAGGCGUCUAUUUACCAUUUGGAGGAGGCUCACAUGAAUGUCAACGCUUCGGGCUUUUACAAAUAAAGUUAGCACUGCUUAUGAUCUUGAGCAAAUACGAAGUGGAAUCGUGCGAGAAAACUUCGGUAAAAAUUGAUCCAAGGGUACUCAUGACAUUGCCGUUAAACAAUGUAUUAUAUCUCAGUGUCCGAAAACUUAAUACUAAUGCUAUUUAAAAUAAAUGAAAUAAAUAACGUGAGAUCCAAGAAAAAGAAACUUUUCCCACAAUUAUAAUUAAUAA